GUCUGAAGAGGAAGGUCACGCGGGUCACUCCAAGCUCUGGCAGUGGCACAGUAAAGGAAACGUUGAACUUGAAGCAAGGCUGAAGCAAGGAGCUGGCAGCUGAAAGCUCUGUUUCUGGGUAGAAAGUUCCAGUUUUAUGUAGGAUGGUGAAUUUUGUUUGAUUGCACAGCUCACAUAUUCCGAGUUAGAGCUUGUAGAUGCGGCUGCUGUAGACUGCAACGCAGGGUGCGCCAUGAGCAAUGCCACCGAUGAGCACCAGUUCCGCUUCUGACGUUAGCCACAAUUGUCCGCCUCUUGCAUUGCCCGUGCUGGUUUGUAGAGGCUACAAUCCAGCUUCUGAACCGCUUCAACUGAGCUUCCAGACCUCUUCAGGCAAGCCCCUCGGACAAUUGGAUCAAUGCGCAAUCAAACCGUAAAGCACAGAGGCAUUUGUUAUUGGAGAGUUCAUUGCCAAUUUGAACAGGCACCGUCCAGUCCAAGGUUGUGAAUGGACAACCUUGAGCAGUCUCUGGAAGGGGUGAAGCGCAGGUUGUCAGAUUUGUUUCAGAACCAUCCGAUGGGCCAGACACUUUCGCAGCGGGUGAAGGCUGAGGCGGAGCACGUCCUUGACAGCUCAGAGGGCUUCCAAGAGGUGGUUGAGUGGUCGUUUGCGGAAGGGGGGGGGCUGGCGCACGGGCUGCACAAGUGGCAGCUUUAUGAAGCUAUCCAGCGGAUCUACGUCCGGAUGGGAACGAUGGAGCUGCCAUUCGCAGAGCUGUGGAUGCGGAGGCCGCCGACCCAGCAAGACGUGGACGAAGUCAUCGAAAAGGGCAUCUUCUUCAUCGGCCGGGACACCCUCAGCCUGGAGGCGUUCCGGCACUUUGCCCGCUCGUUUUUCGUUCAUUUCGCAAUUUCCCGGUCAUCGCACCGGCUAGCAAUCUUCAUACCGGCUGGAACCGUGCUCGUCUUCAUGUCGGCCGGCAUAGUAAAACGGAUCCCAAUCGUAGGUGAUGUGUACAAGGGCCUAGGGAGGAUUAUUCCGAAACUAGCGCUCGGCGUGGCUGUGGGACUGGUAGCAGCAUUCCGAAUGCGAUGAACGUGUCGUUGAAGGUUCGUGCAAGUAAAUGUACAUAGCUUUGAGCCCGAGAGUUGAUACAUUCAUAGCACGGUUAGUCACUCACAAGCAGUGACCUCCGGGUGCGAUGGUGCGAUUCGUAAGUGCACAAUGGACAAUCUUAUUACGAAUAUUGAUUGAUAUUUGUUUCGAAACUCCGCAUUUGAUUGCGAAGGCAUUGCCC